GCCAUAGCACUAAUAGUGGUAUAGCAGCACUAUAAGAAUGUAGUGCAGAAGUGUGAUAUGACCUUUAUGCUUAGACAGGCUUUUAAAACAGAAAGUUUUUAAGGAACAUCCUGGGGGUAUUGGACUGUUUUGAAGUAAAUGCUUCUUUCAACAGUACUUCUUCCCUUGGCUGUAGUUCUGCAACAAGCUCUUGGACAGCAUAUACCGGGUAAAAUGGCUCCAAAACAUCAGAAGGAAAUUCUUGACAGAUUUAAUGCUAUCAGGAGAGAGGUGCAGCCUACUGCCAGGAAUAUGAUGAAAAUGGUAUGGAGUGACAAAGCUAGUGAGAGUGCUCGAAGAUGGGUCAGUCAAUGUCAAUUCAGAAUCAGUCCCAUAAAAGACCGAACAGUGGAUGGUUUUCCCUGUGGGGAGACACUGUCACAAACAAAGACUGCCAGCUCCUGGAAAGAUGUAAUUGAAUCAUGGGCCAGUACAAAGCCUCAUUUCAAGUAUGGCAUUGGACCAACUGACCCCAAAAAAAACAUCUAUAGCUAUACUCAGCUCAUUUGGCAUAAUACGUAUAUGGUUGGAUGUGCAGUUGGUUAUUGCAAAGAGAAUACUUUCCCUUUCUUAUACUUGUGCCAUUAUUGUCCUGGUGGGAACAGUCAAGACAAAGUAAAAAGACCCUACGAUGAAGGCCCUCCCUGUGCAGACUGUCCUAAUGAAUGUGAUGAUAAACUCUGUAUGAAAGCAUGCCCAUAUAAAAAUGUUUACAGUGAAUGUGGAACAAUGAAAAACCUCUUUACAUGCCAGUCAGAUAUUAUGUCUGACGCCUGUCCAGCCACCUGCAAAUGCUCAACUUAAAUUAUAUAAGUACAAAGGUCAUCUUAAAACAAUGGUUCUUGACUGAGAAGGAUGGAAAUUCAAGAUUUAAUUUUUUUUCCUCUUAAAAUGGCAAAACUGGCAAAAAGCAAAUGAAGAUUGCUUUUUUAAAUGUGUUUUACUGGUUAUAAGGUUACAAUUAAGAAAGAGAUCUUUCAAAUCAAACACAAGUAAACAUGUGUUGCAGUAAAGUAGUUAUACAUAUCAGUUUUUGUUGAAGGUGCAUACUGUAACAGAAACUUUCGAACC